AUGCCUUCUUCCACGCCCCUCAAAUCGUCCACAUUGUUUUUCAUACUAUUGAAUUUGACACUCCUUGUCUUGAGUCAGGGCACACAGUUCAUCACCGGUCCAUGCACCAGCGACGCUGACUGCGCCUCCAGCUGCUGCGGCUUCAACAGCGGCAAGUGUGCCGGCCCCGUGGUGGCCCAGGAACGCGAUGGAGGAUGUGGAUUCGGGAACGCACAACCCAACGACGACGCCGCCCGUGCGUUGACCGGCGGCCAACCUAUGGCUACGUCGCCGGCGACGAUGGCUGCGGCUGCGGCUGCGACAAACAAUGCUGUCCCUCCAGCCAAAUCUGCCGGCACAGCAGCCCAAGGGACAUCAGCCCCGAUAAACAGCAACCUAGCGGGAUCCGCCAAUGUCGGCAACGGAGCAGGAAAGCAGUUCAUUACAGGCCAAUGCUUGAGCGAUGCAGACUGCGCUUCGGGGUGUUGUGGGUUCAAUACAGGACUCUGUGCCGGCGCGGUGAUUGCCCAGACUCGUGAUGGCGGGUGUGGAUUCGGGGAUACUCAACCUAAUGAUGACGCCGCUCAGGCUUUGACCGGAGGAGGAGAUAGUACAGCAUCAGCAGCAUCGUCGGCGUCGACAACAACAACAAGUGGUGCAGGAGCUGGAGCAGAUAGUGGUGGGGACGAUACCGGCAGCAAUGGCAACACCGCCACAACCACCCAAUCCACCGCCGGCGCGAUCGACAGCGGCAUUCCCGGCUCCGCGAACGUCGGCACCGGUUCCGGCAAACAGUUCAUCACGGGCCAAUGUUUCAGCGACGCCGACUGUGCUUCGGGCUGCUGCGGCUUCAACUCGGGGAAAUGCGCGGGUGCGAUCAUCGCGCAGACCCGCGACGGCGGCUGUGGGUUCGGCGAUGCCCAGCCGAAUGAUACUGCGGCGCAGGCUUUGACUGGGAGUGCGAGGAUGAGGACGAGAAAGAGGGAUGUCGUUGGAGGUCGUGGUGGCCGUGUUGGCGUAAGGGAAUUCAUGGCAUGA